AUGGAGAUAAGAGAAAGAGAUAAGCUACAUUCUUUGGUCACGAGAAGGGGGAAAACUGGAGUAGAUCGUGACAGGAGGAAAACUGGAGUAAAUCGUGACAGGAGGAAAACUGGAGUAGAUCGUGACAGGAGGAAAACUGGAGUAAAUCGUGACAGGAUGAAAACUGGAGUAGAUCGUGACAGGAGAAAAACUGGAGUAAAUCGUGACAGGAGGAAAACUGGAGUAAAUCGUGACAGGAGGAAAACUGGAGUAGAUCGUGACAGAAGGAAAACUGGAGUAGAUCGUGACAGAAGAAAAACUGGAGUAGAUCGUGACAGAAGGAAAACUGGAGUAGAUCGUGACAGGAGGAAAACUGGAGUAGAUCAUGACAGGAGGAAAACUGGAGUAGAUCGUGACAGGAGGAAAACUGGAGUAGAUCGUGACAGAAGAAAAACUGGAGUAUUUCGUGACAGGAGGAAAACUGGAGUAGAUCGUGACAGGAGGAAAACUGGAGUAGACCGUGACAGGAGGAAAACUGGGGUAGAUCGUGACAGGAGGAAAAUUGGAGUAAAUCGUGACAGGAGGAAAACUGGAGUAGAUCGUGACAGGAGGAAAACUGGAGUAGAUCGUGACAGGAGGAAAACUGGAGUAGAUCGUGACAGGAGGAAAACUGGAGUAAAUCGUGACGGGGGAAAGUUAGAGGAGAGGAGAGGCUGA